UAUUUCAGCCUCCCAAUCGCCUCCAUCUCGAAAUUUAUAGGCCAUGCAGAUGUGGAGUGUUAGUGUUUGUGUUGUUUUGGCUUGUAUGUCUUUGCCAAAAAUAAAAAAAAUAAAAAAAUAAAAAAAUAAAAUAAAAAAUUAGGGCAAAUCAUUUCAGCCUCCCCAAUCGCCUCCAUCUCUAUUCUCGUUCUCAACUCUGAACUUGCCCUCUCUCUCUCUCUCUGCAACUGCAAACUACAAAAUCUACAAGAAUCAGAAGUUCAAAACCCAUACAUUUCAGUUUAUCUAUCAGUCUGCAAGAAUCAAAAGUUCAAAACCUAUUACCUAUAUCAAAACCCAUAUAGGCAUAUCAUUUCAGAUUGUUCAAAAAAUCAAAACCCAUAUCUUUCAGUUUCCUCGCCCGCUGUUCCAGUUCGGGUUCGCCGUUCGCAAGCUUCAGCCGCUGGCCCGCUGUCUCUCAACUCUCAAGCUUGCCCCCCUCUCUCUGCAACUGCUAACUUUGUAGAGAAAAACAGUACAGUAGAAUGGACCAAAUCGACUCCCGCCAAAAACCGUGACAGGGGGGAGAGGGGGAAAAUUUUUUGGGGAGAGAGAGAGAGAGAGGAAGGUGUUGCAACUCGCAUGGCGAAUCCAUAUCCCAAUCUAAAUCAGAAAACUUUGAAGGCCACCACCAUCUGUUCCUCGUUCAUAAAAAAUGUGUAUUUGCAUGAUUGGUGGCUGAUUAAGGCUGAUUUGGGCUCCGGAAGCAGACAAUUAGGCGUUGGAGGGUUUUCGAGUAGAGAGAGUCGAGGAAUAAGAGCUUUUCGAGCUGCAGCAAUUGCCAAGAGGCAUGACACUGUCACUCUUGAGACGGUUGAUGGCAUCACGGUUACACUUAGUGGUUUCAUAAAUAGGUCUCUCACACUUCAGAGUGGCUUUCCAUCUGAGGUUUGCAAUCAUUUCCUUUUUGGGUUUCCAUAUUGCUGGGAAGUGUAUGCUGCUCGAUGUUUUGGUGAAGAAUCUACCAGUAGAGCUGUUCCAUCAAGGGUUUCUAGUUUAGAUGGGUUCAACAUGUCUUCCAAUGAUGGUUCAAACAGUUCUCCGCCAAUUUGUUUGGAUGAUCUUCCAGUGACUCAGAUACGUGAUAUCGUAAUGUCCACCCUUGAUGAUUCUGAAAAUUCUUUGUUAGCAAAGAAUAUUUUCAGUGAUAUGCUGCGGGAAUACGGUGGCAACACUUUCAAAGAUAACGGAGCAUCAUGUCACUCGAACACAGGAAAAAGUAGUCCAAUAAAGACUGGUAAUUCUGUACUGAAUGAAACUCCAAGUGAUAAAAAGCUUAAGGUCAAGCGGAAGUUUAGAAGUGAUGACGGGAUCUCACAUGCAACAGAUAUGGGAAGAGAGAUGGGUAUCCCGAGCUCAAGUAAAGGUAUCGCUACAAGAAGCAUGACUAGAUUGAAAAACUUAAAAAGCAAGCAAGAAGAGAAUCUUUCAGUAAACCCGAACAUAAAGCAAGGAACUUGUGAGCCAAUUUCUGCAUCAGAGGUCUCUGGGAAUCAAUCUGGAGGGAUAAGAACCGGAAGUGAUUCAAAUAUGAGUGAUGCAGCCAUAAUAAGUGAAGAGGAAACAAAAGCCAAGGAUUCCCAUAAUAGAUCUACAGACAAAAAAUCGGGUAAACUGAAGACUUUAAGUAAGUCAUUUUCUAGAUCAGAGGCCUCGAGGAACCAACAUGUAGGGGUGGUAACUAGAGGAAAGAGUUCAAAUGUAUUAUAUGCAAGCAUAGUAUCCGAGCAGGAAAAGAAAGUCAAGGAAACCCCCGACAAGUCUGCAAAAAGAAGAUCCAAGAGAUUGAAGAAUGUAAUGAAUGAUCUGUAAAAGCCGAGAAAGCCAACAACUGAAACGUAAAAUAGUUUUAGCUUAAUGGAUAUUUAUCCUGCGAAAGGCUAUAAGUGUUGGAAACAUGUCUAUGAACUACAUUUGCUCAAGUUACUUUUAUUUUGGAGUUAAAUUGAGAUCUUAUGUUAGAAUUUUUCCACAGUGAUGAUGAUCUAUGUUAUUUUGUUUUCAUUCUAUAUAAUGCCUCAUUCUUAUCAGUUA